CCCGCCCACUCCCUCCAUUCCUGGGCGCCGGCGGCCAUGCUGCUCCGUCGGAAGCGGCCCUCUCCUUCCGGAGAGGCGGCGGCGGCGAGGGAGGUCUCCGAGGGGGCGGCCUGGCCCUCUCCUGCCCCGGGGCCCCGCCUGGGGUCGGCCUUCUUCGGCCAGCCCUGCAUCUGCCUGGCCCAGGCCCUGCUGGGGAAGGUCCUGGUCCGGAGGCUCCCCGGGGGGCAGGAGCUCCGGGGGCGGAUCGUGGAGACCGAGGCCUACCUGGGCGGCCAGGACAGCGCUUCCCACUCGAGCGGAGGCCGACGGACCCCCAGGAACGCCGCCAUGUUCAUGGCGCCUGGCACGCUCUACGUCUACCAGGUCUACGGCCUCUACUUCUGCCUGAACGUCUCCAGCCAAGGGGAGGGGGCGGCGGUCCUGCUCCGCUCCCUGGAGCCCCUUCAGGGCCUGGAGGCCAUGCGGCAGCAGAGGCACCUCCUUGGCCGGAGGAAGGGUCCGGCCGCCCCCCUCAAGGACUGGCAGCUGUGCAACGGGCCGUCCAAGCUGUGCCAGGCGUUGGCCAUAGACAAGAGCCUGGACCAGGAGGACCUGGCCUGCCACCCGGCCGUCUGGCUGGAGCCUGGCCCCGGAGCGCCCGGCCAGGAGCCCAUGGUCUGCACCAGCCGAAUCGGCAUCAGCGGCGACUGGGCCCAGAAGCCCUUGCGCUUCUACCUCCGGGGGAACAGGUGCGUGAGCGUGGCUGACAGGAGAGCAGAGGAGGCCGCUGACCACCAGACCCCAGGCUGAAACCAGGCACCGGGAGGCACAACACGAAAGGACAGUUGCUGCCAGGGAUCAAGUUCUGGGGCCUGAGGCCUGCCGGGUUUUUUUAAAGGGCUUCCCCAUUUAUGUGAAUAAAUAAAGCUGUUUCCUUUUGCAUGAAA